AAUAUUGUUUAUGAAAAUUUUGAUCUGUCGAUGUCGUCGCCGCACCAUGGGUUUUUUCGGUUUCGAGUUCUGUCUGCUGUAAAUUUCCGAAAUCACAUCGAUCAAAACGUGAGCCCCCUUGAAAUUUGACUGGAACAAAAAUGACCAGGGCAACAAUAGAACUGGGGGAUGUCACACCUCACAACCUACAACAACUGAAACGAUUGAAUCAAGUGGUAUUUCCAGUUUCCUACAACGACAAGUUCUAUAAAGAUAUUCUAGAAGCAGGAGAAUUGGCUAAGCUAGCAUACUAUAAUGACAUUGUGGUGGGAGCUGUAUGCUGUAGGAUCGAUAUUUUAGAUGGAUCAAGAAGAUUGUACAUCAUGACCCUGGGAUGCCUAGCUCCAUACAGGAAAAGGGGUAUUGGUGCCAAAAUGUUGGAACAUGUCCUAAACUACGUGGAAAAGGAUGGGGAUUUUCAUAGCAUUUUUCUCCAUGUUCAAGUUAACAACCAAAGUGCAAUUGACUUCUACAAGAAAUUUGGCUUUGAAAUUGUUGAAACAAAAGAACAAUACUACAAGAGAAUUGAGCCAGCUGAUGCACAUGUGCUGAUGAAACUUUUAAGGCCACAAAGAAGUCUUAGUGAACCAGAAAAAUGAAUUAUGAUAGGUUAAGCUAAGGUAACUGAUAAUACAGAAAUGAUCAUGUCACUUUA